AUGACGGCUCAUAUCAAUAGCAAGGAACAGGUGGAGGCCAUACUCGACAAGUACGAUUACUUCUUGUUUGACUGUGACGGAGUCCUUUGGUUGGGAGAUCACUUAUUACCUUGGGUGGUUGAAACACUUGAUUUGUUAAAACAACGGGGCAAAAGCAUAGUGUUUGUUACUAAUAACUCUACUAAAUCCAGAAAUGACUAUUUAAAGAAGUUUGCCAAAUUGGGAAUUGACGGUAUUAAAAAACAAGAGGUUUUCGGAUCUUCGUAUGCUAGUGCUAAUUAUAUCGAUAAGAUAUUAAAAUUGCCUAAAGAACAAAAAAUUUGGGUUUUAGGAGAACAGGGUAUUGAACAGGAGUUGAGCGAAUUAGGUUAUAAAACCAUUGGUGGGAGUGAUCCCGCGUACAAUAUUCAAUUUGAUGAAAACCAUCCUGAUUUGAAUCAACUAGAUGAUUCGGUUGGGGCAGUAAUUGCUGGAUUAACUACAAAUGUUAAUUAUUUAAAAUUAUCAAUCACCUUACAAUAUUUAUUGAAAAACAAUAAAUCUUUACCAUUCAUUGCAACCAAUAUCGAUUCUACUUUCCCAAUGAAGGGCAAAUUGAUGAUUGGUGCUGGUUCCAUCAUUGAAACAGUUAGUUUUGCCUCUGGUAGACAACCAGAUGCAAUUUGUGGUAAACCAAAUCAAUCCAUGAUGGACUCCAUCAAAGCUGAUAACCCUCCUUUACAACAAUCUCCGGCCAGAGGUUUAAUGAUUGGGGAUCGUUUAAAUACCGAUAUGAGAUUUGGUCUCGAAGGUGGUUUGGAUACUUUACUAGUUCUCACCGGUAUAGAAUCACUACAAAGCAUCGAACAAUCAAAUAUAAAACCAACCUACUACGCAAAUAAGUUAGGUGACUUCUACCAAUUGACUAAAUAA